GGAAACUCUUCUCUUAAGACUGCACUCCGACAUGAUUUGGCUUGCUCUAUACGCCAUAUGCUUGGCCAUGGUUGACCGACGUAUCAGUCAAGAUAUUUUCACGAUUGUCAUUAAUUUGACGCACAGCUGUUACCGUCUCGUGUCAGAACAUGGAUCAAGACUCAAGAGGAUGUGUCCUAGUGAUGGGUCUCGUGAACAGGUUCGUCCGGAUUCUCGUAGGCCGUCUCUGUGCGGCAGCGCUGCCAAGGAGCUUGUGGAUUGUUUUCUUAUCUUUGGACUUAUAGAUGCUAAUGCCCUCUCCCAAAGUCUUGUUAAUCGAGGUUUAGGCGCGAUCACACGCCAGUACCUUGAGCCGUUCUGCUGCGCAACGGAGCUGAAUCGGGAUUAGUACCACGGAAAAAUUCAACGACAUCAUUGUGCAAUUUUGGGCAAGGACGCCAUACACGAAACACAUAAUGAGCGCGACAUUAAUGGUGGACUGUUCGGAGCUGCUUACCUAUGCUCCUCAAGAUUCACGGCAUUCUGCGAGCCUAUUCCUGAUGAAUCCCCAGAAUAGCUCUCAUUCGAUGGUAGAUGUCAGGCUGUCACUGUCAUUGUCAGGAGCAAUAGCCGGAAUCAUCAUGGGCACGGUGCGCCAGCACCGCUAGGCGAACAGGUGAGAGCGAAUGAACCAUAAAGGUGAUCCGUGCCCAGCAGAAUCGGCCAGCUGGACACUGAUCACGCGGAGUAAAAACCCUCCAGGCCCACAGGCUGAGUUCCGGGCGGUAGAAGUUAAUUAUCCUAAGGAACAAAACCUAUCAGGCUAAACUACGUAGCAAAUGUAC